AUGGCAAAGAACCCUGAACUCAUCCAGAAUUUCGAUUUAGGCUGGGACGGCAUUGGGACGAGACCACGCGUCCCUCUCUUCCUGAUCCACGACGGCGGUGGUACGACCUUUGCGUACCACUGUCUAGACUCUCUCCGACGCCCAACAUACGGCAUUUUCAAUCCGCGCUAUCACAGUGGCGGGAGUUUCGAAGGUGGAGUACGUGGAAUGGGACGUCUUUAUGCCGCGAUGAUCAGGAAUACCUGCGUUGCAUCAGAUUUUGCUGGCAGACGCAACUCCGACGGAAAAGUGGAUAUCCUCCUUGGUGGAUGGAGCAUGGGCGGCUUGCUCAGCCUCGAAAUCGCAAAGGUGCUGACAGGCGAUCGGGACGUGAAAGUCAUUGGUGCUUUGAUAAUGGAGAGUAUGUGUCCUGUCAACCUGCCAAGCGGUGGAGGCUACCUCGAAACACUGGAUCACCUAGUCAUGGACAAGCCAAACAAGAACUUGGUUCUUUCGAUACGAGCCAUGAAGGAAGCACUACGGGUCAUUCGGGAAUGGAGCCCCCCUGUUUGGACAGGUCAUCAAUCUGGACAACGACCACGGUUUUCACUUUUGCGAGCUGCCAAUCCUCUACCUACCAAGGGGGGCCGAUUGCAUAUACUAGACAUUUACCGCCAACGUCAAGACCUUGGGUGGGACAGCUAUGAUCCCGGUCUUUUUACGGAGACAUUGGAAGUGGAGGGAAAUCAUUUUGAAAUGUUUUCCUUUCAAAAUAUUCCCGGGAUCUCGGAAGCCAUCCAGAGAUGCUGUGACACGUUGGAGAAGCUUAGCCAGUCUUAG